AUGCCGGCGAAGGGAGCAGCGAAGGGGAAGAAGGGGAAGGGGAAGAAGGGAGGAAAGGGCGGGACAAGCACCCAAGAAGUGUUCGGCCCGGUGCUUGCGGAUUGUGUGGUCGAAGGAUCGAACAAGCAGGGGAAGGAGAAGACCAAGAAGUCUUCCAAGGGCAAGAAGACGGACAAGCAGGCUGACCCGCAAUGGUCGGGGAAGCUGCUGCUGAAUCGCAACGGGAUAGGCGUACAAGUCUACGUGCCCCGCGGCAGCGUGGAGGAGAACAUCAAGCUGCGGGCACAGAUACGAGACUUUGACGAGAAGAAAGACUCUCAGUUUUACCCCGAGGCCGCCCGGAUCGUCAGCGCCGUCUGCGAGCUGAGCUCUGAACCCCCUUGCCUCCCCUUCCAUCCUCCUAUUGUUGUCAAGAUGAGUCAUCAGAGCGCAAGCUGGGACUCGGGGAAGCUCUCGGUGAUCUUCCUGCAAGAACCCGACCUGGAGGAGCUGGAGGCUGAACCGCAGAACUUGUCGUAUACCAAGAUUGAAGGCGCCACAUUCAGCCCUCAGAAUGCUGAGGUGAAGCUGAAACGACUCGGAAAAUUGAUCGUGGUCGACGCGAUGAUGGGCGGGUCAGACCUG